AUGGUGAUGAGCAGUUCCGCCGCCGUCAUACAGUCCGUGAGAAGUCCUCAACACCCACCCCAUUGCAAGUGGAUAUCGCGCAGGCAUCGCAGAAUUGGUCAAAGAUUGCCCACAUUCCGUUCAGAUGGAAGCUUUCCUGCAUGUCCGGUUAUAAUUAGCCAGCAGGAUCCCCAGAAGAUGGCAGCACUGAAUGAUUCACUGAGGGAUGUGGACACUGAAUUGAAACAGAUCAAUAUGUUCCUUGGUGUUGGGUCUGAUGGAUGGACAUCAAAUGAAUUGUUUGAGCAAGUGAAAGAGAGAUCACGGUCGAUCAAGGCGGACGGGCUUGCCGCGCAGUCAAUGAUGACCCGUGGCUGA